GCUGAGACUGGGGCAAGGCAGGAGCAAAGUCUGCAGGAGAGAGGCGUCCUCCAGGAUCUGGAGAACCCAGAGGCAGCCCCUCCUGUGUGCUGGGAAGGGCUCUGGGCACUGUCAGCCCUUCUCACCCUCUGAGGCUCAAGCCAGAAGCCCAAGGUGCUUGCUGAGUUGGUGACAGAGCCACGGAGCUGGUACCCCCGGGGCCCCCUGCCCUUCUUCACUCCCCAGCAUGGAGGAAGGUGGCGAUUUUGACAACUACUACGGGGCGGACAACCAGUCUGAGUGUGAGUACACGGACUGGAAGUCCUCGGGGGCCCUCAUCCCCGCCAUCUACAUCUUGGUCUUCCUCCUGGGCACCACGGGCAACGGUCUGGUGCUCUGGACUGUGUUUCGGAGCAGCCGGGAGAAGAGGCGCUCGGCUGACAUCUUCAUCGCCAGCCUGGCAGUCGCCGACCUGACCUUCGUGGUGACCCUGCCCCUGUGGGCCACCUACACCUACCGGGACUACGACUGGCCCUUUGGGACCUUCUCGUGCAAGCUCAGCAGCUAUCUCAUCUUUGUCAACAUGUACGCCAGCGUCUUCUGCCUCACCGGCCUCAGCUUCGACCGCUACCUGGCCAUCGUGAGGCCAGUGGCCAACGCUCGGCUGAGGCUGCGGGUCAGCGGGGCCGUGGCCACCGCGGUGCUGUGGGUGCUGGCCGCCCUCCUGGCCAUGCCCGUCAUGGUGUUCCGCUCCACCGGGGACCUGGAGAACAGCACCAAGGUGCAGUGCUACAUGGACUACUCCAUGGUGGCGACCUCGAGCUCAGAGUGGGCCUGGGAGGUGGGCCUGGGGGUCUCGUCCACCGCCGUGGGCUUCGUGGUGCCCUUCACCAUCAUGCUGACCUGUUACUUCUUCAUCGCCCAGACCAUCGCCGGCCACUUCCGCAAGGAGCGCAUCGAGGGCCUGCGCAAGCGGCGCCGGCUGCUCAGCAUCAUCGUGGUGCUGGUGGUGACCUUCGCCCUGUGCUGGAUGCCCUACCACCUGGUGAAGACGCUCUACAUGCUGGGCAGCCUGCUGCACUGGCCCUGCGACUUCGACCUCUUCCUCAUGAACGUCUUCCCCUACUGCACCUGCAUCAGCUACGUCAACAGCUGCCUCAACCCCUUCCUCUACGCCUUCUUCGACCCCCGCUUCCGCCAGGCCUGCACCUCCGUGCUCUGCUGGGGCCAGACCAGGUGCGGGGGCUCCUCCCACAGCAGCAGUGGGGAGAAGUCGGCCAGCUACUCUUCGGGGCACAGCCAGGGGCCCGGCCCCAACAUGGGGAAGGGCGGGGAGCAGGCACACGAGAAAUCCAUCCCCUACAGCCAGGAGACCCUGGUGGUCGACUAGGGCUGGCAUCGGGGAGAAGGCUGGUGCCCCGGGUGCUCCCAGCCCUUGCUCUGGAUAUCAGGUAGUGUGGCUGCGCCUUCUGCCCUGCACGUCGCCCCUUCCCUGCCCGCGCCUCCCGCCCAGCCCCCUCCUCCUCUUAGUCCUUUAUUCUUUCUCGGAGGUUUGUGGUUUAGUGGAAAGAGACUGAGCCCUGCAGAACUGAGCUUGCACAAGUCUCGUAACCUCGCGGAGCCUCGGUUUCUCCUUUGGUAUAAAAUGGGGGAGAGUCAUAUUGACCCUAAAAUGUUGAGGUGUGAGUCCUGACUCAAAAAAGUUUGUUCCCCUCCACCCCUUUUUUAGAUCUCCAGCCCU